GCAAGCGUGGAGAUGCUGCUCCGGAUGCCGGGGGCGGGAAGGCGGUUGCGGGCGCCACGGCCUCGGGGACUCGGCUCCGUGGGCGCUCGAGGGUGAAGGCUGGACCCUCGCCCCGGGGCGGCAGGCACGGCAGCCGGCACUGACUCGACCCGCGAGGACGCCUGAACGGGACCUGCGACUGCGGGAGAAGAAACCCCAUCUUUGGAACGGGAAGCAGAUGCGCACGCUUCCUCCUCCGGCAGGAACUCCAAGCCCCGCGCGCCCCGGCACCCGAGGCUGGAACCGCGGCUCUGCACGCCUUCUCCCAAGUCUCCGCUCAGCAUCCUGAAGCCAGUACGCCCCCAGCUCCUCCCUCUUCGCCCCUGUCGGUUCACCCAAUAAGCACAAGCACUCCAAAGAAGAACUCCAGCGGAAGGGGACUCCAAUCCGGAAAGCGACUGUCUCACCCAGAGGAAGGCGAGCUCCGGGAGAGGCCAGGACCCCGGCCCCGAUCGCCACCCCGCCCCGGGCGCCCGCUGUCCAGGACUGCGCGGAGGCAAAGGGUACGCGCCGGGCGGGGACGGGCGCGGGCAUGAAGCUGGAGGUGUUCGGGCCCCGCGCGGGUCUCGGGGACAAGCCGGGGAGUGAUCUGGAGGGUGCGGGCGGCAGCGACGCGCCGUCUCCGCUAUCGGCCGCGGGCGACGACUCCCUGGGCUCGGAUGGGGACUGCGCGGCCAACAGCCCGGCGGCAGGCGGCGGCGAGCGGAGCGCGGGCGGCGGGCCGGGCGCUGAGGCGGCGGGCGCGGCUGGCGCUGCGGGGGCGGCGGCGGCGGCGGCGGGGCCCGGAGCCGGGGACGCAGGUUCGGGGGGCGCGGGCGGCGGCGAGGGCGCGCGCGGCAAGCCGUACACGCGGCGGCCCAAGCCCCCGUAUUCGUACAUCGCGCUCAUCGCCAUGGCCAUCCGCGACUCGGCGGGCGGGCGCCUGACGCUGGCCGAGAUCAACGAGUACCUCAUGGGCAGGUUCCCGUUCUUCCGCGGCAGCUACACGGGCUGGCGCAACUCGGUGCGUCACAACCUCUCGCUCAACGACUGCUUCGUCAAGGUGCUGCGCGACCCCUCGCGGCCCUGGGGCAAGGACAACUACUGGACGCUGAACCCCAACAGCGAGUACACCUUCGCCGACGGCGUCUUCCGCCGCCGCCGCAAGCGCCUCGGCCACCGCGCAGCGGCCCCGCCGCCCGCGCCCGCCGCCCCGGCCCCGGCUUCGCCCCGCGCGCGCUCGCCCGCCCGCCCGGAGGGGCGCGCCAGCCCGGCGGGCAGAUUCUCCGGCCCCUUCGCCAUCGACAGCAUCCUCAGCAAACCCUUCCGCAGCCGCCGCGCCGGGGACGCGGGCCCCGGGGCGCGCCCUCCGUGGGGCGCGGCGCCUUGCCCGCCGCCGCCGCCGCCGCCCGCCUACCCGCCGCUGCUCCAGGCCGCGCCCGCCGGGGCCCUGCUGCCGCUCUGCGCGUUUGGAGCGGCCGAGCCGCCGGGGCUGCUAGCGCGCGGGGCCGAGGCGCCGCCCCUCCUCCUAGCGCCCCUGGCCUCCCCGGCCCCGGCCAAGCCGCUCCGAGGCCCGGCCGCCGGUGCGCACCUGUACUGCCCCGUGCGGCUACCCGACGCCCUGCUGGCGGCCUCGGCCCGCGCGCCCGGCCCGCACCUGCCUGGUCGGCCUGAGACGCUCCUGGCAUGAGCGCGGCGGGGGACGCGGGCUCGGGGCCGGGCGCUUUCCGCCCGAGGACAGAGACGGUCACAGAACCAUCACCCGACGUGCCUUACAGCGAACACCGGACAGAAGGGUCUCAACUGCAUCCCGAACGUUUCCCUUCGUCCUUAAUAACUCACGUUGCAGAGGAGCAAAGCAGGGCCUCCGACAGUUUCCAUUCCUGAACCAAGCCUGUGCCCGUCCCUUCACAGAAACUUCUCGCGGCCCAGGCUCUGCCUUCUUCCUGCUGUUUUCGUUGCACCUUCCGGUGCUUUGUCCCUUACAAAGCGAAACAAAGCCUAAACAGCACAUCGGGGAACCAUUCCAGGUGAUCCAUGACGCGACUACUGCGGGGGGGUCCCGGGCCCCCUCCCUUUGUGCCUGUGGUGUUUACAGGUGCGGCUGAGCGGGAGGGGCCAGAGGCGCUUCAGUCAUCUCUGCUAUUGACCAGUUCCACUGUGCCAAAAGAUGAAAAAUAUAUAUAUUGUUGGGUUUUGUAAUUAAAUUAUUUAUAUAUUUUUGAAACCCGAAUGGAAAAUGUUGCAGGCAACGGUUGUGGCUUUACUGUCUGUUGGGUCAUUUCUUAAGUGUGGUCUCUUUAGGCCAGGUGGCUUCUUCCAAGGAAAAGCUAACCGUUAUGUUUGUGGGGUGCCAGGGUCACUGCCACUUGAAAGCAAGUGUGAUUUUUAUUUUUAAUAUUAUUUGUCUAUGUACAUAUUCAUGUAUAAAUUUUAUGAAACCCAGGCAUAGUGCUUAUUUUUUAAUAAAACUGACAAUUGACUUUA